AUGCAUCCGAGCCUUCACUUUCCUCUCUCCCCACUCAUCUAUCAUCCCCCCAUCUCCCUGCCUCCACCAUCUUAUUUCUUGGCCUCUCCUCUCUUUCUUCUCGUCGCUUCUCCACUCGUUUCAUCUCCCCACCCAGGCGUACCUGGUGUAUGGCCAGCCGCGCAGCCACUACAAGCGAGUCAUGUUCAUGCACAAGGUUUGAGUCCUCUCUCCCCUUCCCUCAUUCUCCUCCCCUCAGCCCCUUGCUUUCCUCCCCUCGUUUCCCUACUCCAUGCUAAUUUGUCGGCCUACAUCAUUGCCGGCCUGCCCUUCUCCAUCCUCGCUAUAGAGCACUGCAUUCUAAGAGCCGCGUCCUUCCAACCAGCACUGGCGGGUCUGCUGCCAGUGCAGCGCUACAGGCGGGGAGACGUGCGCUACAGCCUGGCUCUGGACCGGCCCGAGCCUCUUGUCACCUUUGCUCUCAGCUGUGGCUGUGCCUCCGCUCCCCCUGUGCGAGUGUACCGUUCCGACACUGUUCAUGAGCAGCUGAAGGCAGCUGCCCAGGACUACAUUCGGGCAAACGUAAACCUGCAUCCGGGCAGUGGGAAAAUUCUGCUGCCCAAGCUCCUGCACUGGUACAGCAAGGAUUUCGCAAGAAACGCAGCGGGGCUCCUGCAAUGGGCAGCGGAGCAAAUGGAAGACGGGCAGAAGCAAAACAUUCUGCAGGCUAUGGGUGCUGCUGGAGCUUCCAAGAAGGUUCGGCUGGGGAGGGUUCCUGUGCAGGUUCUAGCAUAUGAAUGGACCUUCCAAUAUCUGCUGGCGUGA